AUGUCCGAGACAUACGAUUUCCUGUUUAAAUUCCUUGUUAUCGGCAAUGCAGGAACUGGAAAAUCAUGUCUCCUUCACCAGUUCAUAGAGAAGAAAUUCAAGGACGACUCAAAUCAUACAAUUGGAGUGGAGUUUGGCUCAAAGAUCAUCAAUGUGGUCAACAAAUUUGUCAAACUCCAGAUUUGGGACACAGCAGGACAGGAGAGGUUCAGAUCUGUAACACGAAGCUAUUACAGAGGGGCAGCAGGAGCUCUCCUUGUCUAUGACAUCACCAGUCGGGAGACAUACAAUGCUCUGACAAACUGGCUGACAGAUGCCAGGAUGUUAGCCAGUCAGAACAUUGUUAUUAUACUGUGUGGCAAUAAGAAGGAUCUGGAUGCUGAUCGGGAGGUCACCUUUCUGGAGGCAUCUCGCUUCGCUCAGGAGAACGAGCUCAUGUUUUUAGAGACCAGUGCACUAACUGGAGAAAAUGUGGAAGAGGCCUUUGUCCAGUGUGCACGGAAAAUCCUCAACAAAAUAGAAUCAGGUGAACUGGAUCCAGAGCGGAUGGGUUCAGGGAUUCAGUAUGGUGAUGCAGCACUACGGCAGCUUCGUUCCCCGAGAAGAGCUCAAGCUGAGAGUGUGCAGGAGUGUGGAUGUUAGAGCCCAAUAGCCAGAAAACGUUUAUAAAGACUAUUUUGGAAAUGGGCCGAGAGACGCAAAACAGUGGAGAAACUCUUCCUUCUCCUUCCUUUUUACUUCGGUUCAGACACGUCUGAAAUCUUGGGACGCUGCUGUGCUGUGGAACAAUCCAGGCCGAGGCAAAGACACCAACGGUGGAUGAGAAAUCUAGGUGCUUGCUGAAAGUUCUGCAAUGAGCUUUACCCAUUUAACCCUUCGUUUCCAGUCCUUCUUCUAUUAAUGUAUUUAGGUCUCGUGUAAAGAAAAACUUAAAUCAAUAUUUUGAAGCAUGUUUAUGGACUGCAUUUCCAUAACUUGAAUGAUUGUUUUAUCAGCUCAGGAGUGCUAUGGGUUACAACAACAUAUCAGCUGAAAACAUUAAUCUUUAUGAUGUACCAUCACUUACAUAUCAUUUGAUCAGUAUAAAAAUCCCACACGCCACUUAAAUCUUUUUUUAAAUAUAUAUAUAUAAAUGCUUUCUUUGGAAAGCAUGCAUUGUUGUAAUUCCAUCAUUCUGCUUUAUUUUUGCACAUAUACAACAUAUAUCAAAUGUUAUGUUACUUUUAAAACCUGGAAUGUCAAAUUAUAGUAGAUAUUGAAAAGAUCUUUAUAUAUAUAUAUAUAUAUAUAUAUAUAUAUAUAUAUAUAGUACUGACAAAUAUGUUACAAAAUAAUAAAUGAAUACAUUGAGAAGUGACCGUUACAUAGUGUUACAUACUUAAAUGCUGGUAUCUUGUUUAAAAAUGUUCAUUUGACUAACUCAUGGUAAGUGUUAUUAAAUAGAUCACAUUUAUAAAUGUAAUUGCUAUGUAUUCAUUCAUUUUUUUUCAUACAUUUUUGGAAAAGCUGUCAAGUCCUAUAUUUCAUUUGUUCUUAACCCAGCUGUGUUACUUAUAACUGUUACUGAUUAAGGGUGGGGAAAUAUUGUCUGUGGUUUCAACAUUGUAUGCAUACAGUGCUGAAAGUGUUUACACUUAAUUGUUAAUAGGAGAACAUGCUUCAAAGGCCAUACAGUGUAUUUGCAUUACAUUUGUUUGUGUAUUCUUUUAACAAAAGCCACUUUUGAGGAGCGAUGAAAAUGAUCAUGUAAUAAUAAUUACCCUUAAAUAUUUGUGCUUAAGUAACUGUAAAAGAGCUAGACAGAAACAAAGCUUGGACCAGAUAUGUUGCAAUAUAACAAUUGUGUAAAAUAUUGUUCUGAUAUGGUCCAGCUUUACUAGGAAGCAUCCUUCAAUCAAACAUGUUCAUACUA